AUGAAGGGUCAACUAUUAGCUACAGCGCGUCCCUAUCUGCAGCUCUUCUCGCUCCUCAGCCUGACGCCGCCCCCUAGCAGCUACGAGAGAAGUCAUCAUAGCUGGCAAUGGAAGCUGUUGAUGCUCAUCUUCACCUGUUACACCUGCUGUACCUGCCUUCUGGGUGCCUAUAUUAGCUACGUCAACAUUAUGAUACUUGAAGUCGAGAUUAAAGAUCUGAUGGUAGAGGACUUUACCUACGCUUUGGGACUGGCUCAAAAGAUCAUCUUCUUGUUCGCACUGGGAACCAGUUCUGCUCAUAUGCUGAUUUAUUACCAUAAAUUGGGUCGCAUUUAUUGUGAAAUUUCUACAAUAGAACUUGACAUCGUUGCAGCAUUUCAAUCAAUUGGCAGUCAACGAAAGCAUUAUAAUUUUCGAGUCUACCUCUUCAAACGCAUUGGAUUGUGGACUAUCUUUCUCUUUGUGGCCAUACCACGUUUAACGUUCCCUUUGUUAACGGAUUUCAUAACCUAUCAGGAAAAGAUCCUGACCGAGUUUAUACUUCUUGUACUACAAUUUAAAAGCUUACAAUAUACUUUGCUUGUAAUACUAAUUCAGGAGCUGCUGCUACGUUUACGUCACAAGCUCAUUCAGAUUCAACAGGAACUGACAGUCUGCGAACAACAUGUCCUGCUUCAAGCGCUGGUUCAAGCUAUGCGAAAGAAUAAACACUUACUUGCUUGCAUCUGGAAACUUGUGAGUGAAUUGGAAGAAUACUUUAUGUUGCCAAUGUUGCUGUUCUUCCUUUACAAUGGUGUGUGCAUGCUGCAUAUUGUAAAUUGGGCCUUCAUACAGGCGGUGAAUCCAAACGAUUGCUGUCGUUACUUGCGCUUUGGACGCUUCCUGAUUCUGCUAUUUAAUCUCUUAAUACCCUGCUGGAUCAGUCACAACUGCAUAAGAACGUACAACAGUUUUAGUCGCAUCCUUCAUAGUAUUCGCUGUGGUUCUAGUCUGGUUACACCACAACUUCUAAAGAUGAUCCUUAUGGAGUAUGCCUUGCAGAUGGAGCAUUUAAAAUUGAGAUUUACUUGCGGUGGCUUUUUCGAUAUUAAUCUCAAGUACUUUGCAGGCAUAGUUGUCACCAUCGUCAGUUAUACUAUAAUAUUAAUACAGUUCAAGAUGCAAGCGAUGGUGGAGGCCAAACAGGCGGCUAAACAACUUUUGAAUUUGAGAUUAACAAACAAGGGCAAUAAUUUAAUAAAAGUUUAA